AUGGAGCCUGACUCUGGCAGCACAUGGGUUGAACGAGACUCAAAUGGGCGGUUCAUGUUCGUGAGGAAGCGAACCAGACUUCCGUCCACACGAUCUGUGCUUGCAGAAGUAUUUGGCACGAGCAACAACCCGUUUGGCCGUUCACGCACACACUCACGCUCACGUUCUUUUUCCAGGUCUGUGUCCCGAAAUCAUCUUAGAGCACGGCCACUGGUGAGAAACCCAAAUCUUCUUGCCUUACCUGCUCCGCCUCCUACUACCACCACACCUCCACAGACCACGAUGAAUGCCACCUCAGAGAAUGCCAAAGGCAUCAUCCAUGACACUGGCCAAUACUCCCAACCGCCUUUGCUGAAUGACCCGAACCAACAGUUGCCGUACCCUCAGUAUCCUUCCUACGCGCCGCCAUAUCCUGCUUACUACCUUGCACCAAACCCAGCCCCUGCUUUUCAGGAACCGUAUCCACCUUUACCUCCUGGUGCUCGAGUUCUCAGUCCUCCUCGAGCGGCCACUGCGGAUGAGUUGAAAUACAAAUGUAGCAUUUGUGGUAGAUUUCGCUCACCUCGCUUUCACUACAAACAUCCCAUCCCACCUGGCCAGCUUCCGGCUCAGACGGUUUGCCGCAAAUGUCGACAGGCUGGCACUGACAGUGAAGACACCUCUGAUGAUAAGGCACGACUCAGACGCAGCAGAAGUAUUGUUUCGAUCUCACAGCCGAUACGAACUCGAGUUGUGUCAGAUGGUGAUGGCCGAAUCCUUCGACGAAGAUCUAGCCGAGUUGACUUCAUCCCGCGUUCUCGAUCUCAACAUCGUGGCCGUCUUCGAAGGCGGUCUAUCUCUUCUUCAAGCUCACUCGAUACAGAUGAAGUGGAUAUCUUAGUGGAUGAUCGCCAUAAAAGAGCUCGGUCUCGAUCUGUUGGGACAAUCGUGGAACGAAUCCGCUACAUUGAAGAGGAGCCACCGCUGCGAGUAUCACCGACCCGAGAGACAAUCUAUAUCAAAGACAAUCGGGACUUGAGACGACGUCGAGCUUCGAGAUAUGAGGAAGAAUACUACUACACGGACUAUGACUCGGAAGAAGACUACAUUCCGAGAAGACGGAUCAUCGCACGCGCACCAUCCAUGAGCCGUAUUUCCCGCCGACAAUGUUCCGAACCCUUCAUCCGAGAACAUGUACGCGUCAGAACACGGGACAUUUUCGAUGGUCCAAAUUCUCUUUACGAAGAAUCCAGGGUUGUAGAACGACCAGCUCGGCCCCCAUUGACCCUAUCCUCUGACGUACACGUGUUACGCGUUCCGGCGGACGAAGCCCAGAGGAUUAAAGAGCGUUUGGCCAAUAGCGAUGAAUAUGAGCUUGUAGCAGAUCGUCCAAUCUUACGAGCUGACAGUCGAGACUAUGACUGGUACGAAGACGAGCCAAGGCAGUCUCGCCGUGGCCGUCGGCCUCGUCGACGUAGUCAUAGCAGAGUGAGCUUCGCUGAUGAUAUAGAAAAUGGUAAGAACAAAGCCGCAGCCAGAAUUCCAGAGCAUGUCCCCCGACUUCGCAACUUACGCUCCUCAGAGUAUGUCGAGACUCCACGUAUUCUGCCUCACGUUCGAGCACCUACACCACCACCAGCAGAUCGCAGAAGGUCCGGGAGGCACUCACAUGCAUCUCGCCAAGAACAUGAUGAUGUCGAGGUUAGACGUACGAGUCAACAAGACGCUGCUGACCACCGAGGCCGUCCAACAACGGGUGGCCGACGAGCGACGCCUGGGUCCAGGUCUCAGAGCGGAUCGCGGUGGAAUGCUCCGUUCGGUGGGCGGCCCCCUAUGACAGACGACGAGAAAAUCGAGAUGCAACAACGAAUCCACGCACCACCUGCGAAUGAGGACUAUGAUUGGUAUGAUAGUCAUGGUCAAAGGGUGCGAGUCAGGGAGAUCUGA